CGCUUAUCAUCAUUUAGUAGUAUCAAUUUUCAUCACGUGAAAGUUUAUUUCGUUCUGUGAAUUCAGAAACUUAACCUCCUUUCUCAAGUAACUUACGAUAAGUAAGAUUCAACAAUGGGACGGUACGCUCGUGAACCCGAUAAUGCCGGAAAAUCGUGCAAAGCCCGUGGAUCAAAUUUGAGAGUUCAUUUCAAGAAUACCUGUGAAACGGCAAAUGCAAUUAGGAAAAUGCCACUGAAAAGGGCUGUAGCCUAUCUGAAGAAUGUUGUAGCGAUGAAAGAGUGUAUUCCAUUCAGGAGAUUCAAUGGUGGAGUGGGCCGUUGCGCACAAGCCAAACAAUUUGGAACAACACAGGGACGGUGGCCCAAGAAAUCUGCUGAAUUUUUACUUCAAUUGUUGAGGAAUGCUGAAAGUAAUGCAGACUACAGUGGACUUGAUGUUGAUAGGCUAGUAGUAGAACACAUCCAGGUCAACAGGGCUGCCUGUUUAAGGCGUAGGACGUACCGUGCUCAUGGUAGAAUUAACCCCUACAUGUCAUCGCCGUGUCACAUUGAACUUUGGCUAACCGAAUCUGAAUCCACUCCAGAUGCACCCAAGAAGAGUUCAAAAAAGAAAACAGCGGUAGAUAAAACGAAGAGAGUUAAAGCUUCUGGAACCGCUGCCCACUAAGGAACAUUUCUUGUAAAGAUUUAUUAUUGAAAUGCGAUUUGAAUUCUAAUUAUACCAAUAGAAGUCUUUAUACAGGAAAAAA